AGCUUCUACCAAAGGAUGAGAUGUACACGCCUCCGAUCGUGCUGAAGGUGAUUGACCACCGUCCGUUCGGCAGGAAACCGGUGGUGGGCCAGUGCACCAUCACCUCUUUGGGGCAGUUCCGUUGUGACCCAUACGUCAUCACGGCUGAGGGAGCAAUGGCUUCCAAAAUGGCCCUCAUGGCAGCGACUCCAUCCGGACACCUCUCCAUCAAUAUGGAAGAAACGAGAUUACUGUUAGAAACCCAAUUAAUGUGCAGCAUGUCGACUGCUGUCAACAAAAUGACUCCCCCUACCUCCUACUUUGUAUGUAUGGAUACUUGUCGUUGCUAUUUUCGCUCUAUCACAAAGCUGGACACUAAAGACACUGGAAAGCUGACGCAGCGCUCAUGAAGUCACAAUGCCAUUAAUGUGUGCUGGAGACGACACGCUUUUGCAAUCUCUUCUUUUGUUCAUUUAUGGAGCACAUCUAAUGAGCACAUCCAAACUAAUACAACUUGUCACUGAAGGAGAGUAGCGUGACCGUGGCCCAGAACCGACAAGGCCUUGACGUUUGUAUCAGUAGCACCGUGAAAAAUGGAACCCAAAUGUCCAAACUGAAUGCUGACGUGCAAGUUUGGUUUGCAAAAAAAAAAAAAA